AUGCGUUGGUUGGCUCUGCUGUGCUUGACCCUGUUGAGCACCGCGCAGGUCAUCGACGCGGCCGCCUGCACCGACGACGAGACGACGGCGGCGCUUGUGCCGUACAAGGCCGAGCUCGCGCUCAACCUCGCGCUCUGUGGCAACGACGUCGGCUACUCGACAGCGGCGAUGGCCAACGGCGACUUUUUCUCGUCGUCGACGACGACGCCGGCGCGCGUGUCGGCCUUUCUCAAGAGCACCAACUGCCGCGCGCUCUUUGUUUUGUAUCAAAAAGCCACGAGCAACAUGGGAUGCACGACCGGCUACCAAGGCGUCACAUUCGAGCAGUACGCCGCGACGCUGCUGCCGGCCAGUGGUGCGACACCGACGCCGACGACAGCCAAGCCCGGUACAGCCAACUGCACCGACAACAGCACCAUGACGGCCUUUGCCGCCAUCGAGCCCGAGCGAUCCCGGUUCCAGUCGCGCUGCGCGAUCGACAUGGGCGACAUCCCAGUCGCGUACCUCUACAACAAUACGCUCAAGCACAAGAUCACCGAUACGCAAUUUGCAGCGUUUUUAGCCAGUUCCGACUGUGCGGCGGUCGUCGCGGUCGAGAAGAAGGCGUGGGGUGCGAUCACGCCGCCUUGCGUCAUGUACGACGGUGCGCUGGCGUUUACGACACGCGAGAUUAGCACCUGGACGUUUACCGAGUACGCGCAGCGCUUUUACGAACGCAACAUCCCGUCAACGACGUCGCCAGCGUCUCGAAGCCCAACGGACGCGCCACGCACGAGCACGAGCACGACCGAGGCGCCUCGACCAGUCGCGCAGGAAUUCCAGGACGACGACGCUAUGUAG